AUGGAAAUGCAAGAACAAAACGGAAAACCUGUCACAGAAGUGAAAGGGGACUUCAUUCAAAAAGUUACAGGAUCUUUCGGCAGAUAUCACCUCUGGCUAUGCCUGUUAAUCUUUUUAACAAAGUUCCCGGUUGCAAUUCAUCAGAUGGCCAUUUUGUUUUUGGCACCACCAGUCACGUACAUUUGCGGCGAUUCCGGUAACAGUACAUGUCCUUGUGCGGACCCUGUAUACGAUACGUCUAUAUUCACGAGAACAAUUACAAUGGAAUGGGACUUGAUAUGUGACAGAAAAUGGCUUCAAAGUUUAACCCAGACGUUAUUUCAGUUAGGUACCCUAAUAGGAAGUGUCGUGUUUGGAAUUGCUUCUGACAGAUUUGGAAGAAGGAAUCCUCUUCUAGUAGCUGUGGUUAUGCAAAUAUCAGCCGGUGUUGCGGCAGCAUACGUCCCAGAAUUUUGGACAUUUACAUUCUUACGGUUUUUGGUUGGAGCAUCAGUUGGAGGCACAAUGGUCACCGGAUUUGUGAUCAUUAUGGAAUUCGUCGGAACGCAGUACCGAGAUGUUGUUUCAGUAGUUUAUCAAAUACCAUUUAACCUAGGCCAUAUGUUGCUACCAGUAUUUGGUUAUUUUUAUAGAGAUUAUUCCGACUUUCAGCUAGCCAUAUCCGUGCCAGUUACUAUUUUAUUAAUGUAUUUCUUCUUAGUACCCGAAACGCCAAGAUGGCUUAUAGCUAUGAAGCGAACAGAUGAGGCAAUCAAAUCAUUGGAACGAGUAGCUAAAGUAAACAAACGUCCGACAGAGAAUAUUAAAGCUGACGUUGAAGCCUACCAAGCAUCUAUAGAAAAACAUCAACUGAAAAAAGGCAAUGUAUUUGACCUUUUCCGUACACCAAACUUAAGGAAGAAUAUUAUAGCUAUGGCAUUUAACUGGAUGGCAUGCAGCUAUUGUUUCUAUGGAGUAUCUCAGUACGUUGGGCAACUAAGUGGCAACGUUUUCAUUAACGUCGCAUCUAGCGCCAGUGUCACAUUACUAGGAACUAUUCUAGCAAUCGGUAUUGUAAAAAUUUUAGGAAGAAAAACUAUUGUGAUUGUAUUUCACUUGAUUUGUGCCCUCUGUUUAUUCAUAUUAGCCGUCAUACCUGAGGGGGUCGGCUCUGUAGUGUUGGCGAGUAUUGGCGUUGUAGCCAGUUUUAUCGUAUUUGUAGUUGUUUAUUUAUAUUGUACGGAAUUAUUCCCUACAGUGGUACGAAAUGCUGCGAUAGGUAUUUCAUCAAUGUCAGCCCGUAUUGGCUCUAUGAUAGCUCCUUUCGUGAUUGAAAUGAGAGAUAUUGCAUUAUGGAUGCCUCCACUUGCUUUUGCUAUACUGCCUCUUAUUGCCGCCUUUGUAACAUUUCUGUUACCCGAAACAAAAGGCUGUGAAUUAACAACUACAAUAGAAGAAGGCGAGCAGUUCGGGAAAAAGACACGAUCUCAAACUAAGAAAUAA